AUGCCCUCUCUCGUCUCCCUCACAGCCCUCUUGGGUGCACUGGCUUCUCAUAUUUCAGCAUCUCCAGCUGAUCUCAACAAGAGAGGACUCAGCCUGCCUCCCCUGAUCCCCAAGAUCCCAGGUGUCACCGAGCCUCUGGCAGAUAACGCUCCUCCGCUGCCCAUCCUUCAACUCCCCACUCCUCCUCUGGAUAGCCCUCCUUUCAAGACGUCUAACAUCAAGCCCAAGAAGAUCGGGUACUUCUGGACGGGUGCUGGUGACAACAAGCACGCCGACUUCCUUGUCACUGCUAGUUUAGAUGAUGAUACUUUUGGUGAAAUCAUCCACAUCACCGAUGUGAACACCAGCGGCAACUCACCUCACCAUCUGGGAAGCUCCCUCGACGGAAAGACCCUCGUUGGUGGUGGUCUACUGUCUCUCCUCAAGACACAGGAUACGGCCUUUUACUUCGACACCUCGGACCCCUACCACCCCAAAUUCGACCACAGUAACCGGGGUAUCUUGGGCUCCAUUGUCGAUGAGAUCCGAGCUAAGCCUGAUGGUGGUUUUUUCAUCACCUACAUGGGCAGUGCUGUUGGUACAUCUCCUGGACGUUUGAUUGAGACUGACGCUAGUGGCAACAUCAUCCACGAGUGGCCCGAGGAUGUCGAGAGCACCUUGAACGUCCUUGAGGAACAGUUCUCCCCUCACGGUCUCAGCAUUGACUUUGACAAGAAUAUUAUCCUUACUUCUGACUUUGUUGUGCCCAUUACGAUCCUCAAGCCUACCCUUGGUAUCAAGAAGGCCGAUACUCUUCGUCUUUGGGACCUCAAGACUCGCAAGAUCAUUUCUACUAUCACCAUUCCUAACGGUCAAGGUAUCCAGGAUGUCAAGUUCAUUCCCGGCAACAAGGAGAGCGCUGCUCUGGCUUCUGCUGUCGGUCCUGGCCAAGUUUGGAUCAUCUACCCCUUCCGCAGGGACUCUCAGGGCAACCAGGGUGUUGCCAAGCUCCUGUACGAUCUCGGCGACAAAGCUAAAGACUCUCUGGCUAUUUACUCAGACAUCACCGACGAUGGCAAGCUCGCUUACUUCACCAUUACUCUCGGCAACCACAUCGCUGUUCUCGAUAUCUCCGACCUCGACAACGUCAAGCGUCUCGAUGAUCCUGAUGAGGAACAGCCCAUUAUUGGCCCCCACUACGUCAAGAUUUCUCCCGAUAAGAAGAACUUGCUUAUCACCGGUUACUUUGUGCAGGGUGGAGAUAUCUCUAUCGUCAACACUCCCGGCGAUUACAAGGGCCACUGGAUCGACAUCAACGACGACGGAUCUCUUAGUUUCAACCGCACCAUUGAUUUCGAGAAGAUCUUCACAAGGAGUCGUGGUGGCGCCCGACCCCAUAGCUCUGUCAUCUUUGAUCUCACUGAUCCUAAGAACCCCAUUUACUACUAG